AUGGCAGACUCAUCGCUGGCUGCGGCCUGCGAGGCCGACUGCGAUUGGCGGCGAGGCGCAGGGGGCGGCGGAGGAGGAUGCGAACGUGACGCAGAUGCAGAGAAGGGAGAGGCAAGAGAAUCCAAUCAAGAAACUGAAGGAACUGAAGCAGAAGCGACAGAAGGUCCUCCACAUUCUCGCAGGACGCAUCAAGCUGCUUGCGAGACAGCGGAAGAGAGUGUGUGUUCCGCUGGAGACAACGCGGCACGGCUCGCGAGCACAACUGAGCCAAACUUCAACUUUAGGUGGCUGCUCACACAUGACUCUCUUCCUCGCCGAAAAAGAGUCCACGUGCGGCAUGAAGACCUGCCGCCAAGGAAAGAGAGGGCAGCAGCAACGUGCUGUGCGAGCCUCUGUGGAGGCGCGGACAACCAAGCCGGGCGACGGGAAGGAGACCUCUCCGGCGCGGCGGGGUCGCCGCCUUCAGAUCUACUCCCAGCUGCAAGAAACGAAGAGCGAGAGAGCGGCAGCCAGAGGCAGGACGCGCAGGAAAUAACGGGGGUGAAAGCCAAACGACAGAGAACUAAAUUAGAGAAGGUCCCGCAACGAAGGGAAGAAUACCCCGGCGAGAACGAGGCAGUCGAAGAGCUGGAUGGGCUCUACUGUCUCUUCGGAGCCCUUUCUUUCCGCUUCUGCCGCGCGUCCUUCCGCGGUCAUGCCCUGCUCUCUCCGCUGCUCGUUUCUGCCUCGAGCACCUUCCGCGGAGGUCCUCGACGCCUCGCGUGGAGCGACGCGUUCCAUCAUUUCGCCUUCUCCGCUUGCGACUCCCUCAGCCAGCUUUCCAACCUUCACGGUGGAGUUGCGUCAGCGCGGGGGGGCAGAGCGAAGCGCCUCGUGGAGCCGAGACCUGUCGAGCCUGAAGCCGCGCGAAGCGACGCAGCCUCGCCUGGACCUGCUCUCCAAAAUAUCGACUGCCCAAAGACGGCGAGAACUGAGAGCCGACGCCUCAGCGCAGAGCGCGACGUCGAGGGCAGUGCCGCGGACUCUGCAGACGCAGGAGAAACGGCGCCCGAGACGGUAGGCGAAACCGACGGCCGUAAACGGCCAACAGGCGACGGGCGCGCUACAGGCGAUGUGCAAGUAGUGGGGGAUUGUGAGAGGGAGGACGCGAACCAGGCGAAAAGAGACGGCGGACAAAGAGAGGACGACCUAGAGGAGGGAGCCCAACGCGGCGAGAGGGAGACAGAGUGUGUGAGACGAACCCCAGCGGGAAGGGAGACAGCCGCCGCGAGAGAACCGAACGCGCUGGCUCGAAGGGACAGGAGCGAGAUCCUGGCUAGGGGCGAUGGACCCAACAAAGCCGAAAGCGAGGCAAGAGAAGAGCCCAGCACCGCCGACGCCUUCAGACACGCCAGUUGCGGCCAGAAAGGCCACGCGCCACUCCGCGAGCGAGAAAGCGAAAGGCUGGACUCGGGGCACUGCUGGGCGCUUGAAAGCGCCGGCAGCGCGGCUCAGGAGCCGCACCUCCUCGCGCAGGCAGCGAGGCGCUGGAAACCGAAGAGGGAGGAGACGCGGGGCGCACUCUGCGAGAGGGCGGCGCGCGCAGAGGCCGCGUGUCCUUCUCCGUCUCCAGUGCGACCCGAAGGGCGCGGAGGACUCCGGGAGAGACAGCGCGCAGAGGCCGCGCCGCAGCCGAACGCCGGAGCCCACCGCGAGCUGCUCGAGUCCAAGAAAAGAGGAGACCCUGUGACGGCAGACAAUGAGGCGGAAAGAGGGAACUCCCACGCAGAACAGAGGCGCAGCGACAAGGCGCAUGAAGCGUCGCUCCUGGGCGACUGCCUCCGCACUUGCUCAGCGGCUGACGUUCUCUCUGCCGACGGCGAAGGCAGCCUUUUCCUGUCGCGAGCUUCGUCAGGGGCCCCGCUGAGGGAGACAGGGGACACUGUCGACGCAGAAGGCGCGCACGGAAACGAGGCGGCUUCGAUAUUUUCCGAGAGGAGCGAGGCGCGCGAGCGCAGCUCUAUACGGUGGAAGCGUCUCCUCUUGCUUCUCAUUCUCGGCCUCCAAAUGACUCUGAACAUCGACAACGGCGUCGUGCCGGCGGUGCUGGUUGACCUUGGGAAAGAAUUCAACGCAAACGCCUCGGAGCAGGGUCUCGUCGGGGCGCUUCCGCACAUCGGCAUGCUGGUUUUCUGCCCCUUCUGUGCGCGAUGCCUGGAGGUCUUCCGUCCGCAGCGUUUGCUGACUUUUUCGCUGCUCUUGAACGCGUGUGCGGUUCUCCUCUUCGCCGCAAGUUCGACGUGCCCUGCGCUGUUUUUCUCGCGCUUCCUCAUCGGCUUCUCGCAAACUGCCUUCGUCGUCUACGCGCCUGUCUGGAUCGACACAUUCGCGCCCGCCAAGCUCCUCACCCUGUGGAUGGGUCUCACGCAGUCUGCUGUUGUCUUCGGAGUCGUUGGAGGCUACUUGCUGGCGGGGUUUUUGCGGCGCGCCGGAGUGGACUGGCGCUCUGCGCUGUUCCUGCAGGCCGCGUGCCUGCUGUGUCUCAUACUUUUCCUCGCGCUCGCGGACGCGUCCCACAUCGACGUCUGGGCGCAGCCUGGGCGGGAAGACGGAAACGACGGGACGGAGGCUGCCUCUGACGAGGAAUGCGACGCGAAGAGCGGCAAGCAACGAAAAGUUGCAGAAGACGCAGAGGCGCGCGCUUGCCUGCCCUCGACAGACGAAGAAACAUACGAUCACGCAGCAGCGGAGAGCGAAUGCGAAGAAGAACGAGCCGAACUGGAGCGGCGAGAAGGCGCUCAAGCCUCUGCCCAGGCGCGCAAAAAGAAGACAGAGAAACGGGACAGCGAGGGAGAAAAGCAGCUCGCAGAGCAAUUCGAAAAGGGGAAAACCGCCGGAGGAACCUGGAAGCGAAGCAUGCAAGCAGCAACUCGUUUCCCCGCUGUAUCGCCGGAGGAGGCUAGCGAGCACGAAGACGCCGAGGAGCUGAACCGAGGAGGAAGCAGACGACAGACGCGGAGGAAGAAACGAAGGCCAGCGAAGCAGCGUAACGGAAGCACAAACGCGGGUCGACAGCCGACGCAUGCAGAACGCGAGCCAGGACACCAGGCGGGCGAAGAAGGAAAGCAAGCAAAGAUAGAAGAAGGGCGAGACAACAACACUCCGCUCGAACGCGGCAAAACGCGCGAGAGGUGGAGCGAGACAGCGUCACAGAUACCCGCCACGGGAGCAGAAGCGAAGCACCAAGAAAGACAGACAUGCCAACAGGAGCCAAAGACGGAAACGCCAGAAUCUCAGGCAGCAGAAAAGACAACGCGACUUGUAGCGAAUCAGAUGAGGCGGGCCUUGCCGCCGCUUCCUCCCUUCCUCCCUGCACAACGAACUCGCACUUCGUCUUGCCUCUCCACAAGUUUCGCCGAGAGCGCGAGUGCAUCUUCUCCCUCUCGUUCUUUUGUUUUUGCUUCAGAGAGCGCACGCGCCGCAGCGCCGUCUUCCGCAUGCCCAGUGUCUGCGUUGUUCGACUUCGGUCCAUCACACCGAGCUGCUGCCUCUACUUCCGUGUCGCGUCUUCCGCCUCUCGCCUUCAGCUCCGCGGCGCCGGAGGCUCUGCAGGCAUUCCGUUCCUCUGCGACUUCGUCUGCUUUGUGUCAGGCUCCAAGCGCCCCCCGCCUUCCCUCCUCUGCCGCUCAGCUUAUGCCCGCUCUGCUUUCUUCCUCCGCGGAGGCCUCCUCUCGCCUCAGUUGUGCCUGUGUGCCUCCCUCCCUCGGUCGCGAGCCUGCAACAACGACAGCCGCUGCGUCUCGCCUCAGCCCCGAGCUCGUCUUCCGUGCAGCACUUGGCGUUCUCCCAACUCCGAGUCCGUCGCCCCGCGCGUCCUCGUUUUCGUCUCCUCGCUCUCGCUUGGUUCGCUCCGCCUCCUUCGCUGCCUUGCCCGCGGCCUCGUCGGUGUCAUCCUCUGCUUUCGCGACUGCGUCGCCUUCCGCCUUGGCGCCCUCUUCUCCUUUUCUUCCGCUGUCGGCGCCCACAGCUGCUGCGUUGCCUGCGGCCUCGCUCCCUUCUCUGCGGCUUUCUCAAGGCUUCGCACUCGCGCCGCGGUCUGCGCCAAGCCAUCGCCGUCCGUCUUCGCUUGCCUCCUCCGCGUUCCUUCCUUUCCGCGCACACUUUCGUCCCUGCGCGUCUCCUCGCGGUCACACGCAGCCGCCGAAAACGAGCGCCUCGCCGCGACCGCCGAAAGUCGACGCGCAUGCGCCAGCCGUCUCUGCGAGUGCGGCGCCCCGACGGCGCGGGGCCUUUAGUUUGCCUCAGGCGGAACCUGAAAGCCCCCUAGGAGCCCUCGAGGACGCACAUGACAGAAAGAGAGAAAAAGAAGCUGCGUGCCUUUCACUCGCUCGCUCUGCGGAACUGCGUGUCUCGAUCCCCGGCUCCCCCUUCCCCUCGUCUGCUGCGCCGGUCUCGCCGCCUUCUGCGGCCUCUGCGCUCCCUCGCUUCUUCCGCCGCCUGCGUCUGUGGCCGGUCGAGACGCUCAGCCUCCUGCGUGCGGUCCCCCCGUCGCCGACGCCGCCUGUCUCGAGCGCCAUCGUCCCACAGGAGCCUUUGCGCGCUGGAGGGGGAGAAGACGCGCGAGACGCGCCUGCGCAAGCGACUGCGGAAGGCGCAGACGUCUCGCGCGCGGCCGGGAGAGAGACAGAAGCCGCAUGGGCGAGCGCCACAGCGCCGUGGAGAAGAGACGCAACAGCGCGAGGCGCGGCGCUUCUGCAUGACGACUACAGGCCAAUGCACCCUCAGGAAGUGAGUGAAGAGUGCGCGGAGAAGAAAGCGAAGCAGAGAGAAGUGAUCGCGUCAGGCGCGGCGGAGGAUGGAACGUGCGGGCGAGAAGGAACGAGUGACGCAGCAGGCGAGGAGACACGGGGAGUGCUGCAGAAAGACAAACGCCGCCUCCAAGGCCCCCCCUUCUUUUUCCAUGCGUCGUCCUUGCCCUUUGGCUCUUCUUGGAGUGCGAAGCGAGACGGAGGGCGAAGUCGAGUUUCGCGCUUCUCCUCCUCCACAGAAGGCGCACGCGGCAAGCGAGACGCAGGGCCGCCGGAGGACAAGCGGCGAGAAGAAGAGCGAGAGGCGAUGCGUAGGUGGAAGCAGCGUCAGCUGAUUCUCGCUGCCAUCGAGCACGCGCACUGCGGCAUCUCGGAUCUCCGACGCGAGAGAGAAAAGAAAGCAUCACUCAAGAGAGAAAGAGAAAGCGGACAUCGCAGCGUCCUGCCAGGCGAAAAAGCCCAGGAGCGAGGACGAGAGAGAAAACGCGACGCAGAGGGUGCGACGCCGCCGAGGGACAUGUCUCUGCGAGAGCGAGUUCGAGGCGAAAAGCCAAGGCUGGAAGGCGGCGCUCAAGAAAUGCGAGUCGCGCUGAAACGCGGAGAGAAACGCAAGCGCGAGCUGAGUGAGAGCAAAGCAGAGAGCCUUGAGGACUCGCGCACGAACGGCGGGGACUCGCCACGGGCGCCCAGCAAACGAAGAAAGCCUGGUUCCAGGAUCUCUGCAACGAAGCCAGGGGAAGCUUCGACGCGGCUGGUCACAUUCCGCCGAGACGCCUCCCGCGGCGCCUCUGCGGCACGUCAUCACAGCCAGCCGCCGCGCGUCCUCCGCCUGCUUCGGCACAUUCCCUCUCGCUCGGCGCAUCUGCCGCCGGCUGCGCUUCCGCCUUCCCUCGAGAAGGCGCGCGGUUCCCUAGCCUCUUCUGAGUCGUCCUCCACGCCCGCGAUUUCGCUCUCCGCGACGCUCUCAAGUGCGUCUUCGCCGACCCCUCGAUGGCGACUGCGAUUCGCCAGGCGCAUCUCCCCUCCGGCCUCGAGCGCUGUGCACCUCGAGCCUGCUGCACACGUCGUCGUGCUUCAGCCGCAGCUCCCUCCACAGGCGCCUCUGCUCUCUCACGAGCAACUUCCGCUCUCUCCCGGCGCGCUUGAGGUGAGGCGUGAGCAGGCGGGAGCGCCAGGUGUGGCCGCUGCGUCUGCCCUCAGCCAGCCUCUUUUUUACGCGCUGCAUGCGAGCUGCGACAGGCGGAAGAGCCACGCCGGCAGCGCGGCUGCGCCCGCCGCGCCCGCGCGGAAGCACGCGCGUUCCGAACCCGUCUCGGAUGCCUUUCUCAGGGGCUCGCGGCUCCUCUUCUUCGCGCCGCCUAUCGGCAUCAUUCUGGCCGCGCCUCCGCCGCCUCGGAGUCGCCUCAAGGCGAAGCCGGCGAGCAGCCAGGAGCCGAAGGCUCGCGUCGGUGCCUUCGGCGCGUUCAGGGUGGAGGACGAAGACGCGUGCGAGGCGCCCGGCGACGGGCGCGCCAUUGGGUCGCACGCGGCGCCGAAGGGGGCGUCCAGAAGAGACGGCGAUCGGCUUAUCUCUGCGCGCACAACCUCUCUCGCACAGAGUUUUGAAAGAGGCGAACUAGAGGCGACAGGGCAGAAGGAGGGAAAAGAACGCGCAGAGAGGGGCGGACGGAAAACACUGCGCGAGGCUGCGAGGGAGGGAGACGAGAGCACAGGGCAGAGGGAGGCUGAACGUGACGCCGGAAGAGAGGCUGCACCACAAGACAGCGCACGAGAGCAGAACGAACGCACGCAGAAGGCGAGCGAGCUUUGCUUAGCAACCCCAGAGAGCCAGGAAGAUGCAGGCCCUCCUUGUGGCGACGCGGACGCGCCACGCAACCUCACCAGCCUCGACGAAGCCGACGCGUGCUAUGCGAAGGGGACGAUCGGUGACGCCGGAGGCCUGCAAGGGACUGGAAGGGAGAGAGGCGCGAAGGCGGGGGAGGAACGACCCAUGCUUGCCGGCAGGAAUGAAACACGAAGACAGAAAGGGGCUCUGACUAAACACGCAGAGAGUCAAGGCGAGUCCAGAGAACAAAUCUUUCAUCGCCGCGAGGAGGAUGAGACUCGAGGAGAAGAAGCGGAGGCGAUCGGCAGAGACAGACGUGACAACGGCGACCUCGAAAAAAAGGAGGCACAGCCAUGCGUAGAAGGGCAUGAAGAGGAGAACUGCGAGGGACUGCGAGAGGACGCCCGCGGCGCGCGCGAGGAGGCGGAAGACGAAACCCGAGUAAAACGGCCGAGCGGGGAUGAAGGCGAUGGAGGGAGCCGACCCUUCAAAGGAGCCGAUACGAGCGAGCGCAGACGAGCAAGGAGAGACAGGCAAGAGAGAGAGAAGGAAGCGAGGCCCAGCGCUGCUCUGGAAGAGACACGACAGCUGGAGCAGGACGUGGAAAGGAGCGAAGAAGAAAACAGCGACUCUGGCGCGAACGCGGACGCAACAGGCAGACGCGGAAAGGUCCUGAAGCCAGUCGACAGGCAGCUGUGCGUUCCUUCGUGUUGCUUCUCACUCCGGUCUCUGGGAGCGAAGCAAGCGGCAAAGAAACCUCCGAGUCUCACUCUGCUUCGCGCGAGGCGCAGGCCGCUCGCGCGUGCGGAGCCGCGCGCUGUAGGCAAGAAGGGAAGACAGAGACCUCUGGAAAAGGCGCGCGAGUGGAAGCAGGACGAAGACUCGGAUUAUGGCCAUGCAGUGUUCAUUCCGGCUCCGCGAAAGGGCAUGUCCGCGCCGCGGCCGCCGCCCCCUCCCGGAGUCGCUGUAGCUGCCUCGGGGUCCACGGGGAAGGAACAAUUGGGCAGCCCCGCCAAAGCUCCGCGCACCGCUUUCUCCUCUCGCUCCAGUUCUUCCUUGCCGUCGUCGGACUCGUCCUCUUCGCCGCCUCCCUGCGGGAUUUUUGCAUCGCCUCUGCUCCGCCCCUUUCCGCCCGAGGAGAGCGAGGACGCAGAUGCCGUUCUCCUCGUUCCACUCGAAAUCCACGCCGCGUCUCCGCUGCGCGUCCCGCAGGAGGGGCUCUCUCCCUCAAGUGCUCGCGCCUCGCUGCCUCUGUGUGCCGCUUCUUCGCUUUCCGCGGCAGCACCGUUCGCUGUGUCGCACCUCGAGAUCUUCUCCCUCGCUCCGGAGGCCGCCACACCAUCUCCCGCCCUCGGGGCUGAGCGGCUGUCUCCCUCUCCUUCUCCCUCCGCUUCUUGUUUUCGAGAGCCGACUUCCCACCGUGCGCCGGGAGUCGAUGCGGCAUCGGAACGCGGCGAAGAAACCCGUGAACGAGGAAACGAAGCCAGGCAAAACAUCAGCGGAGAAGAGGGCGGCGACGCGAGUCCUGAUGGAGAGGUAGGAGAGCGAGACGAGCGCAGAGACACUGCAGCUGCCAGCCUCCAAGCCGUGGCGGAAGGCGCAGAAGCGGACGCGGACUCGCGCGAGGGCGGCGUCUGCAGAUACUCUGGCGGCUGCCGAGCAGGACAAGAUUGUGAGAAAAGAGAGAGAGAUGCGCAAGCGCCUCCAGAAGUCGAAGUUCUGUGCGCGUUCAACGAUGCGCCUCUCGAAGCCGCAGCGCUCGCCGGAGCUGCCGUGCUUCUGGCCUCCCCUCCAGCGGCCGCCAUUGCUCCGCUUCCCCAAGAGAAAGACGGCAGACGCGCCGAAGGCACAGAACAGGAGAAGAAGGCCUCGGUCGUCGGCACGCCACAGCGCGAAGGCGAAGACGACGAGAGAGAAGGAGAAAGAUUCGCGGAAGAAGCUCAGGGGAUUCACGCGAUUACCAUCAUGCCAACUGAGGGCAUCCGCCUUUUGGAAGCCGAGGAAGGCGCAGAAGCAGCGCAAGAUGAAACGGGGCUAGGCACGGAGGAACGUGAGCAAACUGAGGAAGCGAGAGACGAUACCAGCGAACAGGGAGAAUACACAGAAAGCAGAUGGGCGGAAGAAGGAAAUCCGAGAGACGCAGCAGAGGGCGAGAAGCGGAGUGACCGCGGCGAACCGCGUUCAGCAGAAAAGAGGCGGGCUCGGCGCCUCGAGCAGCUGAAGGGACAAGGGGCGGAGGAACCCACUGCAGAGGGAAAAACAAGGAACGCACGCGCCUCGCAAACGCAUUCAGGCAUCCUGCACGUCGGCGAACGCGCGGUGAAGCAGGAUAUGGCCUCUGAAGCAAGGAGUAGCUUCGCGUCCGGAUGUCUUUUCAAAAGGCAGAGACUCGCAGGAGAAAACAGCGAGGGAGCUGCGCAGGAGGAAAGCGAAGAAGGCGAGGAAAGAGACGCCUUGUGUCGCGGACAGAUGCAGGAAGAUGAGAGCGAGCGCGAGAGAGACGAGGGCGCCACAGAGGCGGCAGAAAAGGACGCGACCUCCGACUGCCUGCGAGAAGCGGAGGCGCGCCGCGAAGGCGCAGCGACUGCCACGAAGAGAGAGGCAGCCGAAGCGAGCAAGGAUCGCCUUUGUGUUGAGGAACACGAGAAAACUCAGCUCCCGACAGAUCCGCUGGCGAGCGUGAUUGCCCUCGUUCCGGUGACGUUGCGGACGCUCGCGGCAGCAGACGACAUGGAAACUGGCGCAGAGGAGCCGACUGCGGAGUGCAUCCCAGGGGCGGGGUGCGAAGGGCGCGGAGAGGCCCCCAACCCGACGUCCGCAGGAGCCCAUCGAGCAGCGAGACCGAAGGCGUGCCCAGGCGAAGGAGACACCAGCGGAGAAAGUGAGGUCUUCACGCAGCGAGGCGCGCCGAAAGCAGGCUGCGUGCGGAGAUACGAAGACGAAAAGAGGCAGGGGGACGCCCGCGAACAAGACCCGUUGAACACGAGGCAGCAAAAUGGAGCAGAAACAACUCGGGAAGAGGAGGUGGAGAAGGAGGAAGCACCUCGCUUCUUCGACACCCGGGGCCGAGGGCCUCUGCUUACAGAGCUGACUGAGCCUCAGCGUGACAGCCUCGCCCUUCAGACUCCAGCGCGAGCGGAGGGAGAAAGCAAACAUCUGCUCGCCGUCGAGAAGCACUCGCGCGACGCGCACUUCACAGAAAGCAGUCCAAGCGACGCGGAAGUCGACAGAGCAUCGCAGGAAACGGCGCACGCGCCUGGAGGCAGCAGCCGCGAGGCGCGAGCGACUAGCGCGCGGCAACAGGAAAUGGUGAGAAAGUUCAGCAAGCCAACACAGGACCCCAGAGUGGGGCGCAUGGGCGUCGACGCGGAGGAAGUCGAGGCACGCCAAACGGAGACUGAAAAUGGGGAAGAACGGCCCGAAGCUCACGAGGAAGACAACAGCGACGUCGACGCACUCUCGUCGUCGUGGAGCGGCAGUGAAGAGAAUGAAGAAGAGGCUUGGAAGAGCCACGCAGUAUGGAAGCUGUUCAGAAAUCCGUUGUACAUGUGUCUGGUCCUGGCGCUGUGCUCGCUGUUCUUCGAAGUGACGGCCAUCCAGUUUUGGGCGACGCGGUACUUCGAAGAGGAGCUACAUGCGGACACGGCGACGGUUUUGAUAAGCUUCUCGACUACGGCGGCGACGGCGCCGGCAGUCGGCAUUUUCGCGGGGGCCUUUGCAAUGGACUUUCUGGGUGGCUACCGCGAGACGCUUCACCAGCAGCGGCGGGCUGUGUGUUGCCUCGUCGGGCUCUCGGCCCUCUGCGCCUCUCUGGGGCUCUGCGCGGCGUUCGCGGUCGCAAGCUUCUGGCCAGCACUCGCACUCGUCUGGCUCCUCCUCUUCGCGGGCGGCACGAUCCUCCCCACAGCCAGCGGCCUGCUGCUCGCCGUCGUCGACGGCUGCCUCCGCGCCAAGGCCUCGGGCACCGCGACCUUCUUCUACACCCUCCUCGGCUACACAGCCGGCGCCUUCCUGCCAGGCCUCGUCAGCGACGCGCUCGGCACCAAAGGCGCCAUGCAGAUGAUUCUGCUCUGGCCUCUCUUCGGUUUUGCUUUCCUUCUCCUGGCGUUCUUUUUCGUUUCCCGCCUUCGCAGUGAAGAAGAGGGCAGCGAAGAAGCGGAAGGGGGCUAG